AUGAGUGAUACAAAAGAAAGCGUUCCCGCGCCUGUUAAUAUAGAGGAAGCUGGCCAUGUGAUUGGUGAAAAUGGAAGUCCAAACCAAGCUUCAGCUAGUGCAUAUUUAAGAGAUGACCAUCAGAUGAUUAUAGAUAAUCUUGCUGGCCUGGUUUCAUAUCUUGAUCGAGAGAUGCAUCUCGAAGUUCAACCUGAUACUGCAGAAGAAACUUAUGUGUCAGAUGAAAAAUAUGGGAGGGAAGAAAUACUUGCCGUGGAUGAAAAUAUGAAACCCAAGGUUGUUUCGGAAGAUAUUCCACAAGAAACUGUUCAGGAUACUCUUCACUUAGUCCCAGUUGAGGUUGAUGAUCAGAUUCUGAAUACAACUGAGUGUGAAACUGCUUCUGAUGCGAAGGUGGAAGCUGAAAGACUUCCUCAGAGUAAUAAUGGCGUUGAGAAUGUUGAGAAUGAUGUUGCUGCAUGUCAAAAUGGUGUUAGUGAUGGUGAUGCUGAAACGACUGGGAUGGAGGUUGAUGUGAAGCCUGUAGUUUGUGAAGCGGCUGAUAGUAAAACUUGUGAUAACGAACUUAUAUCGUCAAGUCAUAACAAUCCGACACCUUCUGAUGCAAAUGAACCUGUGCCGUCAAGUCAUAAUGAUCCUACUACGCCACAACCUGCCCAUGCUGAAACAGGGCCGGAAAUCAAGAAUGUUUUAGAAGUUGAAAGUAGUAAGGCUGGUGAGGAGCAAGCUGAUGAGCAUGCAGAUAAUGGGAAUUCAGAUUCGCAGCAGAACAUGUUUUUCUUGGAUGCUGAUCAUUAUUAUGAUGGUAAUGAGUCGGGAACGGAAGAGGACCAAGCAGUUUUUAUGAAGGAGCUUGAAAACUUCUUUAGGGAGAGGAGCAUGGAAUUCAAACCUCCUAAAUUUUAUGGGGAAGGACUUAAUUGCCUUAAGUUAUGGAGAGCUGUAAUGAGAUUGGGAGGCUAUGAGAAGGUAACAUCAUGUAAGUUGUGGCGGCAAGUGGGAGAGUCUUUCAAACCUCCAAAGACAUGCACCACAGUUUCCUGGACUUUCCGGGGAUUUUAUGAGAAGGCCCUUCUUGAUUACGAAAGGCAUAACAUAAAAGGUGGCGAGCUGAGUGUGCCUAUCCCUUCUCCUCCAGAGCCUGUGAAUGUUGAAAAUCAGGCUUUAGUAUCAGGUAGAGCCCGGAGAUAUGCUGCUGAACAGGCUAUGCGGGGUUGGCACUCACAACGUCUUCUUGGCAAUGGUGAAGUCAGUGACCCUAUUAUAAAGGAUAGGAAUUUGGUGUCUGUGCAAAAGCGAGAAAAGCAGCUUAAGAAUAUUAAUAUACUUAAACGUAAGAAGCCAUCUUAUAUGGAUAAUGCAGUCAAAGCAGCGCGCAGUAAACCAUCUAAACCACAGUUGGAAACAGCUGUGGUUGACAUUGGACCUCCUGCUGAUUGGGUAAAAGUCAAUGUACAAAAAACUAAAGAUUGUUUUGAGGUAUAUGCUUUAGUUCCUGGCCUUUUGCGGGAAGAGGUCCGAGUGCAAUCAGACCCAGCAGGACGUUUGGUCAUAAGUGGUGAGCCAGAGCAUCUAAAUAAUCCCUGGGGCGUGACACCUUUCAAAAAGGUUGUGAAUUUGCCCUCAAGAAUUGAUCCUCAUCAGACAUCAGCUGUGGUAACGUUGCAUGGACAAUUGUUUGUUCGUGUCCCAUUUGAACAGACAGAAUAG